AGUUGUUAUGGAUAGUACGGAAAUUGAUCUUAUCAUAUGGUUUCUGGGAUUUUUUGUAGUUUCAACUAUAAUCACAAUUUUCUGUAUCUGCAUUCGAAUUCUCCGUUCACAAGCUCACAUCUCCCAAACAGACUGUUGUCAUUGUGUAUGUGCAUGGCCACGUGGAUUUGUGAAAAGACCUCCAAAACGGAUAGUUCUUCUAGAACCAACUACACGAAUUCAACAGUCUGGUUUCACAAUUUACUGCGUUGACAGACCAAUGCCUGUUACUAAUCUGCCUUAUCACUAUGAUAAGGUAAAAGUUGAAACGUGUCUGAACACCUUAUUCGGCACAAAAUCAAUAUUCCUACCGGAAACUACCGUAGCUGUUUCAAUACCGGCACGUGGAUUCUCGAGUAUGUCGGAAUUCCACAUGUUCUCGAAAACUGAUUCUCAACGGGAAAGUCUUUCUGGUUACUCUUAUGAAAUGUUAUCGAGUAGUGUUCAAGCAUCAAGUACUGAUACUUCAAACUGUUUAUUUGGAUGUACAUCACAUUCACUGGCAGGUGUUACUGUUUAUUUGGGAAUUGGUGGAAGUUCAGAAAGGAUUAAUUCGGAUGCGAUUUUGAUUCGAAUGAUUCAUAAUGUUCAUCGAUAUGGGGGAAGAUGGAUUCCAUUUUCCAGAAGUUACAUUUGGAUGAGAAGCUUUUUGAGAAACUGGUGGAAGCCUACAGUACCAAAUGUAGCGGCGUACAACCGUUCCUUCUCUCUCCAUCGUAAUAGCAAUUCGGAUUCAUGUGGUUUUCGUCUCCGGCAGCCAUUUGUUCAUCAACCGUGUCCACUCGGUGAAAAUCAGAGAAUGUUUGCGCCGAGACCCUAUCCACAUCAAUGGAAUUUGAGACAAUAUCGACGAUGGAUUCCUGCAGAUGUUCAUGUUAAUCCAAUUAGUCAGCUCUCCCCUGAAAGCGCACCCCGUAUGAGAAGCCCAACUGAAACUCACAUCGAAAUGCCCCGUGACACACCAAGUCCUGUCAAGGAUCCAGAAGUAACAUGUUCAUAUAACAAGGAUCCACCGCCAGACUAUGCCACACUGGAUUUGGUUGACUUGUGUCAGCCACCGCCGUAUUGGAAAAUUUUUUAAAUUUUGUUUUCUAUUUGUUUUAUUUGAUUUGCAAGUACUGGUUUUGGUUUCGGUAGAUUUUUUUUUGAUAUUUAAUUUUUAAAUUUGUUAAACUAUUUGCACAAUGAAUUUUCAGGUUU